UUACUUACUAUAUAAUAUGCUCCAAUUGAACACAAUUUUUGAAUGAAUUGAAAUUAACCAUCCACAAUCUUCGAUUAUGGCAUUCCAAGUUAGUGUCAGACGUUGGAUCUUAGCCUUUGCACUCCUUCACGUUUGCCUAUUCUGGAAAAACUUUGGAAAUGGUGAUGAUUAUAUGCCCGAGACUCAGGAAGGCACUGGAUUUGGUGGUGGUGGUGGUGGUGGUGCUGGAGUUGGUGGUGGCUCUGGGGCUGGUAUUGGAGGUGGGGGUGGUGGUAUUGGCGGCGGCAGCGGAGGAGUUGGAGUUGGAGGCAGUGCUGGGGAAGGUGGUGCUGGAAUUGGGGACCCUUCACAAAUUGUCACCAAGGCCUUGCUCUGUUUCAAUGAUAAAUAUAUUUAUCAAAGCUGUGAAGAAUCGUAUAGAUUGAACGAGAAUGGAAACCUGGAAGUGCCAACAGAGAAAACUGAUGAAUUCUGUGAGGGACCUUGUUUGUCAGAGACAAAUUUGGUCCUUAGCUGCAUUGAUAACAUUUUCAGCCACUUCAUAUUUUACAACAGGGCAACCAUACAGGACAUCAAAGAAACAGUUCAAGCUGGAUGUGGUUAUGGCCCUCAAAGAGGGAACUUUGAUGUGUCUGAGCACCUCCAAGCUGAAGAAAGCAAAGCUCUAAAGGCUACUACCACUACCAGCCAUGUUGUCAUGGGGAUAGCUUUGGUCAUAACAGGGCGUGCUCUAUUGCUCUAAUAUUUAUGUAAACUUUUACAUUGGUAAGAAUGACUUGUGCUUAAUUCUAUGUUUGAUGUGUACUAAAUUACUCUGAUACGCCAGAUUUACAAGUAAAAUGAUUUUUAACUA